ACGUUGCGAUGAAGAAAUCUUUGUUUAUCCUCUUUUCCGGUAGGGGGCGAUAAAGAACCGUGAAUUACGUCAAAGAACCGGAAGUUGAUGUCCGUCGGCCAGCAUCCGUUUCCGCUGCUCCGAUGUAGGAGGGAUCGGCUCUUUUGAGCUGUUUUUCUUUUUAUUUCUUUAAAAUCUGAUCUGUGUGGCGCUUUUGGAAGAAGUUUCGUUCGUAAGGGAGGUGCGCGGUGGCUGCUGGACCAUGAGCAACAGCCACCCCCUGCGGCCGCUGGCCUCCGUGUCGGAGAUCGACCACAUCCACCUGCUGUCGGAGCAGCUGGGCGCGCUGGUGCUCGGGGAGGAGUACAGUGACGUCACCUUCAUCGUGGAGGGGAAGCGCUUCCCGGCGCACCGGGUCAUCCUGGCGGCGCGCUGCCACUACUUCAGGGCCCUGCUGUUCGGUGGGAUGAAGGAGUCCCAGCCCCAGGCCGAGGUGCGUUUGGAGGAGACCCGAGCUGAAGCCUUCUCCAUGCUGCUGAACUACCUGUACACGGGCCGGGCCAGCCUCAGCUCUGCCCGGGAAGAGGUUCUGCUGGACUUCCUGGGUCUGGCUCACCGGUACGGCCUCCAACCUCUGGAAGACUCCACCUCCGACUUCCUGCGGACCAUCCUGCACAUCAACAACGUCUGCCUGGUGUUCGACGUGGCCUGCCUGUACUGUCUGAGCGCGCUCAGUGCAGCCUGCUGCGCUUACAUGGACAGACACGCCCCUGAGGUGCUGAACUCAGACGGGUUCCUGACGCUCUCCAAGGUCGCUCUGCUCACCGUGGUCCAGCGGGACUCCUUCGCUGCCACGGAGAAGGACAUCUUCCAGGCGUUGUGCCGCUGGUGCCGCCACCACCAGGAUGGAGACCACACCCAGGAAGUGAUGUCAGUGGUGCGCCUGCCGCUCAUGACGCUGACGGAGAUGCUGAACGUGGUGCGACCUUCUGGCCUCGUGAGUCCGGAUGACCUGCUGGACGCCAUCAAGACCCGCUCCGAGAGCCGCAAUAUGGACCUGAACUACAGAGGGAUGCUGAUUCCGGAAGAGAACCUCGCCACCAUGAAGCACGGAGCCCAGGUGGUCAAAGGCGAGCUGAAGUCGGCGCUGCUGGACGGAGACACUCAGAACUACGACCUGGACCACGGCUUUUCCAGACAUCCCAUCGAAGAGGACGGCCGGGCCGGCAUCGAGGUCAAGCUGGGUCAGCCGUCCAUCAUCAACCACAUCCGCCUCCUGCUUUGGGACCGGGACAGCCGCUCGUACUCCUACUACGUGGAGGUGUCCAUGGACGAGCUGGACUGGGUGCGGGUGGUGGACCACUCCAAGCACCUGUGCCGCUCGUGGCAGAACCUUUACUUCACGCCACGAGUCUGCAGGUACGUCCGCAUCGUCGGGACCCACAACACGGUCAACAAGGUCUUCCACCUGGUGGCCUUUGAGUGCAUGUUCACCAGCCGCUCCUUCACGCUGGAGAACGGCCUUCUGGUUCCUGCGGAGAACGUCGCCACCACCGCCUGCUGUGCCAGCGUCGUGGAGGGCGUGAGCCGCAGCAGAAAUGCCUUGCUCAACGGUGACACUCGCAACUAUGACUGGGACUCGGGGUACACCUGCCACCAGCUGGGCUCCGGAGCCAUCGUCAUCCAGCUGGCGCAGCCGUACGCCGUGGGCUCUCUGAGGCUGCUGCUGUGGGACUGCGACGAGCGCUCCUACAGCUACUACAUCGAGGUGUCCACCGACCAGCAGCACUGGGUCCGGGUGGUGGACCGGACCAAGGUGGCGUGUCGAUCCUGGCAGACGCUGACCUUUGAUAAGCAGCCCGCCUCCUUCAUCCGCAUCGUCGGGACUCACAACACCGCCAACGAGGUGUUCCACUGCGUUCACUUUGAGUGUCCGGCCCAGCUGGACACCGAGGUCACUGAAGGUUCUCCGGGUUUGGACCCGUCGGAUUCUGGGGGGGCCGCCCCGCAGCAGCAGCGGUCCCAGCGGGCCUCGCGCUCCCACAGUCUGCUGUCCGGCCAGCCCUCCUCCUCCUUCUCCUCUGCACCUCUCCAUUGAAAGAAGCCCCUCCCCUUCCGCAGACAGGUGUUGCAGCACCUGCCGUGCUUUUUGCACAGACUCCACCGCUCAGAUUGCACUGUUACGAUGCUGCCGGACGCUCCGCCACAGCAGCGUGGAGCGCAGCUCUCGUCUUCCCUGGUCAGUGUGGACGGUUCAUGGAGGUGAAGCGUGCAGCCGCAGGAAAGACCAGCGGGGGGAGGGGUCACAUGGCAUCAGACAUGUUUUUCUAAACAAUGACCUGAAAAGAAUAUUUCAUAUCGUCCAGUCAGCAAAGCCGUUUUCUCAGUACUUUGUAGGAAAUACCCGAGUGCAAAACGCAUCCAGGAAAUCCCAGACUUUCACAAUAAAACACUGCUUUGCUAAGAAAACACAAACCUUUGCCGAUAGUUGUGUGAGUGAUGAGAGCAGAAGGUUGUGGUCCGGGACCGUUCUGAAGGACGGCCCGCCCCCUCUGGACAGAGAGAAAGCUGCAGCUUCACACUGUGGAACCAGCAGGAAGUGACACUUCUGACCGCGUUCAAAGUUUUCCUGUUUGUGUUUUUGAAUGAAGCUGCUGUGCAUCAGCGUCCUGCGUGUGUUUGCACUUUGAGUCCAUGUAUUCUAAAACCUGAAACACUUGGAGUGGCGUUUUUUUUGGUUUAGACGUGUAUUUAAAUGAAAUGGUUGAAUGAAUAAACCGGGUUUAGUUCCGGUCAGACUGUGAUGUAGAAGCUGGGAACCGGUUUGGUUCCUUUGGCAGAUGUUUUAAAAACUGAUGUUUUUUUUAUUUCUUGUUCUGUAAUUUCCUCUUUCGUACGUGACGUUUCUGAGGCGCUGCAUUCAUCUGAGGUUGUCUCCUGACGGUUCCUCCUUGUGACGUCAUGAUGACGUCACUCUGUGAGGCUGUGUCAUUAAACGUUGCCACUCUGCAGCCCA